UGAAAAGUCCGAACCUCACCAAAGCAAAGCCCGAAACAUCCAGGACAGCUUCAUGUCGGCAUCCACAUUAGGAAUGAUUCUUUUUCCAGUUCAGAGCUGUGAUGUUCUCCAAGCUCCAGUCGCAGCCCCCUUCUCCUACCAUUUUCAGUAUCUGCAUCAUCUCUAUCCAGCUCGGUCACUCCCCCCAUUCCCCUUCCCGUUAGCAACGUAUUCCCAAGUCUUCCAUGAGAUACUACCCUUUGGAAAUCUCGAAAGUCCAUGGCGUUCUCGCCCUUCUCCCAAAAUCCUGAAACACCCAUUCCCAUUCGUCAAACAUCUCAUGGUAGUCUCCAUGCCCAACACAACACCGAUCCCACAGUCUCGGAACAGUGUUCAUGGCUCCAUCCAUCCCGGGAGAGGCAGCCUUCAAGAGAAGUUUCUUUUCGAGACUAGUGAAUAUACCUCCCAUAAGCCAAGAAAGGGGGUUGCAUGCCACAUCGACAUCGAUGGAUGCCACGCAUUCCGCUUUCCUUUUUUCCUUUUCCGCUUUGAGACUUACAGCACUAGCUUCAACGUCCUUCCCUUCGGUGUUGCGUCUUCUUUCGAUUUCCAUUUGUCCACUUCUAGAGGCUCCAUCACCAACAAUCUUUCCAGGAACAUGCUUCCUUUUUUUGUUGGGUUUGGAUUUUUAGUGUUAGUUGCCCGUGCCGAGUGGUCGCCUGGCCCCGUCACCCCCGUGCCUUGUAGCCGAACCCGAAGUGUGGACGGACUAGGUAGACUAGAUGGUGAGCGGGCCUGUUGAGGCGGCCACCCUCUGAAGAGCCUCAAUGUGUGGAGAGUCGAGAUUCGAGGUCGGCGGUGAUGAAGGUAGUGUACGUAGAGAAAGUUGCUUCGAAUUAUA